GAACUGCACUACAGUGCGGUUCCCAGUACAGAUGUAAUUUCCAGUGCAGGCGGCAUGCCAUUAAUAUUAAUGGCACCUGCCCAUGGGUCCCCCAUUUUGUGUGUGGAUGGUUGCUGCUAGGGGCGGACUGACAACUCAUGGGGCCCCGGGCAAUAGGGGAUCAUGGGGCCCCUGUGUCCUUGCCCAAACUAAAAAAAGCCUAUGAAAAAGGUACCAGGGGCAUCCCACAGGGCCCCUUACUGACCCCGGGCCCUCGGGCAGUGCCCGAGUUUCCGAAUGGUCAGUUUGCCCCUGACUGGAAGUAAUGACAGGUCAUCGCUUCUGG